GUGGAAUUCGAGGCUCCAAAGAGUUACAUAUUAUCGUCGAAGCCAAAACUUAUCAAAUUAGAUCUUGAAGCAGUUGUGGACUGUCCGUGCAAGGAUCGCAACAAUGAAGCUGCGCUGGAAUCCAACGACAAUACUAAACGUGAUGCAACCGAUCCCGUGAUUGUGUUCGCGAGAGAUAAGGCGAUUUUUACGAAAGAUCAUCCUCUUUACGCUGUACUUAUUGAGUCAAAGGAAUCUGAGGAUUAUGAUGAUCAUUUUGAAGAAUUCGAAUUUGCAGCAAAACAUUUCGGUGAGAAAAUUAAAUUCGUUUAUUUGAAUACGGAUGUGGAAAAGUACUGGGAAACAAUUGAAUUCCUCGGUUUAAUCGCUGAAGAUGUGCCAACGGUGAUGUUCAUCGAUGUGAGCAAAGGUCUCGAAAAGUUCAAAGCUGAAUUUGAUGAGGUGAUUAUUUUUUGA